UUCCUUCUGUCGUUGUGGUGUACGAUCUGCUUGUUAUCCUGUAAUCCUUAAUCUUACUUGCAUCCUGGAACGAUCGGCCGCAGGAUGAGAAACAACGUGAUGGGCAGCAAACACACCAACAACAACAACAACACCAUGGAGUCGUUCUACGAGGACAACAACGCUCAGUUCGUACCAUCCGCGACCGGUGCUAGCGGGAACAGCAACGGUGCGUCCGCGGGAAAUGGCAACGGUCUAAAGCGGCCUGCAACACUCGAGCUCAACCUUGGCGCUGCGAAAGCACGCAAAACGCGCUUUAACGCCUCCGUCACUAUGCCAUCGGUGCUGCCUUCACCGGAUAUGCAAAUGCUAAAGCUCGUGUCCCCGGAACUGGAGAAAAUUAUCAGUACCAAUGCCACUCUGCCUACGCCAACACCGAGUGCGAUCAUUUUCCCGCCAUCGGCCACCUCGGAGCAACAGCAGUUCGCCAAGGGCUUCGAGGAUGCGCUGCUGUCCAUCCACAAGAAGGACACCAGCAGCAAGCUGAUCCCGAUUAUUAACAACAACAACAGCACGAGUAACAACAACAAUAGCAACCUUGUUGGUACGGUGACGGAACAGCUAUGUCAGACGACGGGAACGACGGUGGUUUCGGUGGCUUCGACAGGAUUGGGCAGCACAGUCAUUUCCACUGGCCAUGGUAACGGCAUGAGUGGGGGAGAAAUCACGUACACGAACCUUGACUAUCCCGGUGUGGUGAAGGAAGAACCACAGGCCACCUCUAGCAAUCAGUCGCCCCCGGUCAGCCCGAUCGACAUGGAGUCUCAGGAACGCAUCAAGCUGGAACGGAAGCGCCUACGGAACCGGGUGGCCGCCUCAAAGUGCCGGCGGCGGAAGCUGGAACGCAUCUCGAAGCUGGAGGAUCGCGUGAAGGAACUGAAAACGCAAAACUCCGAGCUUGGCAGCAUGGUGUGCAACCUAAAGCAGCACAUAUUCCAGCUGAAGCAGCAGGUGAUCGAGCAUCACAACUCCGGCUGCACGAUAACGUUGGUGGGCAAGUUUUGA